UCACUUUCACUCUCUGCACUCACCACCCUUCCCUUCCCUUCCCUUCUGCAGACACACAGAGGGCUCUGUCCAGGCAGGAGGGGGUUACAGGAAAAUCUCCAGACGUGACCGUGUACAACAUACAUGUCACCCACAUACGUGUCACCCACAUACGUGUCACUCAUCACCAGGUGAAAGUGAAAGAGAGAGAAGGAAAGAGGUGACAGGAGGACGAGACAUCCAGCACAUGAGAGACUGAAGAGGAAGAGACCGCUGCAGUUCAUUUUGGGCAUUUUAUCGCCGAUAUCUGGAGCUCCUCCCCAUGGAUCAAUUCACCAAAGCUAAAUUGGGUCCUAUUCCACUUCCCUUUAUACUCUUCAUAUUCUUGCUUUCCUUGUGGAUCUUCUUUUCUAUCGGUGAAAACUCUCUCCUGUAUUCUCUCUGCAUGAUAAUUACAAUUCUCCUGAAAGGGUCCCUUCUCUCCCGUUGGUGUAUCUGGAAAUAUACUCCGCCUCCGCAGUGGCUGAUACUUGUGUCCGGGGUGAUUGUCCUGCAAAUCUACAUCAUCGGUGAAGACCUCCGGAUCUCCACCUUCUCCUUGAUUGUUCUGGUUCCGUUAUCCACCGUUUCUGGAGUUGGCAUCUUCCUAUCACAACCGGACCACCAGGAAGAGGGGAGGAGCAAUUCUCAGGUCAUCGGAAUCUUCUCCCGGAGCGCGGCGGAAGAAUAUAACUGGCUGUCGGCCGCCCUCAGAUCUUCGGGAAAGGCGGUCCCGUUCUACAUCACCAACAGCAACUUCCGGGAGUUCCGGGACCAGGUCUCCAAAUGUGCCUUCGCCAUAUUGUACCACUCCAAGACCAGGGGGCGGGUCAACGUCACCGACGUCACCGACUCGCUCUACGACGACGAGGUCAAACACAUGUCACAAGCCUUGGGUCGGGAGAAGGUUGUGGUUGUGGUGGAUGAUCUGGAUGACAGCAGCGAAGGGGCGAAGAACAGAAUCCUCCAAAGCCAGGGGACCAUCCGAGACCAGACCCGGGACCUCUAUCUCUUCACCAGGGAGGAGAAAAGGGACGAGGAACGGAUCAAAGAGAAGCUGCAACCCUUCCUGAGAACGCUGUCCCGGGGGUCAUCCAGUCAUCUGAUAGUAGAUGUGGUCGGGACUCUCAUCCUGUGUGGGCCGUGGCUUCAUUAUUGUGUUGGUGUUUAUGACGGCGCCAUCCUGAUCUUAUCUAAUAUUGGGGGUUCAUUGCUGAUCUACAACUUCCUGCUUCCCUUCGGCCUGUCCGGCACUGUGCUCCCGCUUACCUAUCCCAUAGACCGAACGAAACGUGUGCCCCGGGGCACGAAGAAGGGCUCUCCAUGGGCAGGCCUCCCCGCUCUUGUGGUGGUGAUGGCGUUGGAAUCGUUGGCUGCGUAUUGGUAUUGCUCCGGCUUGAAGGCGGUCCUGCUUUUUGCGCAGUCGGUUUUAACACUGCUCUACGCUGUUCUGUUAUCAGCAUCAUCAACCUUCAGUCUCCUUAAUACUGCAGCCAGUGAAGAGAACAGUAUAAGAGAACAUGGCCAGAGUCCAGAAUCACCUUUGGUGUCGGUCUAAUGAAGAAGUCUUGGAUGAAGGUCUCCUCCACAGCAUGGUGCUUUAAAAAGGGACUCUAGAAAUCUUAUACACUGACACUGUCCUCCAUCCCUUCCCAUUUUAAUUCUCUUCUCCCUCCCACAAAGAGCUCCCACUUGGCCCCCAGCACACCCCCUCCCCCAAUCAAUCUACCUUCCCUGCGCCACAAAGGGGCAGAUCCACAAAGAAGUUACGCUGGCGUA